CACUACUGUAUCGUGCACAACUAAUACUUGAAGUAGCUGUAUCACCGGCGCACGGGCGAGUUCAUUGUUCUGGGUUUUAAAUAGGAUGAACUGCCGUAACCUCGCGCUGCUUGUGGCGGUCUCGGCCGUCUCCCUCUUCGCCGGCGCACAAGCUUAUCACCUCUGCGCCACGACGGGCCCGUGCCAGCGGGACUCUCAGAUUUUGCCGAUGCCGGACCUCGUGGAGGACUUCCAGUUUGAGCUCAGGAACAUCUACACCAACCGCCAGCGUGGUGCCCGUGUGAACAUCUUCGUCAAGUUCCGCUACUACACCACCAAGAUCAUGAAGGACUACUCCACUGAGACGGGCACGUACGACUACCAAGACAUGAAGAAGGUGAUCCUGCCGUACGUCCCAGCCGGCGGCAUGAACAUCUCCCGCGACACCUUCUGGGAGAUUGUCAACCGCGAGAUGACCAAGGACCUGUGGUCGAAGUUCCCCAUCCAGGGCAUCUCGGUCCGCAUGGAGGUGCAGGGCAUGUCCUCUGGCGGCAUCCCCUCCCACCGCGCCUCCACCGUCACCAUGGGCAACAUUGAGCCGUGGGCGUCCAUGACUAACAGCUUCCCCGGCUGCGACGGCAUGGGCACGAGCAAGGGCAACGCCGCCUGCAAGAUUUCCCCCACCUGGGACGGCCUGGACGCCAAGGAGGACGCACGGCUGUCGCCGGAUGCCGCCUCUAAGGCCGGCAAGCACGACAAGCCGUCCAAAUGUGACACAUGCGCGUAAACGACCGGAUGCAGCGCAGCAAACGCGGCGGCUACGUGCUGCUGUCCAGUCAAGCACCCACGCGUGCCUGCAAGCGGGGGCACAUGUUGAAGGACUGGCAGGCUGUGCGGCCGUGUGAUGGGACCGGCGGGUGAGUCAGAGGCCGAAUCACAGCCUUGCGCAACUGUAGCAAACGUGCGGCGCUGCUUGCUUGCGUGGGGACUGGCGUGCAGACGCUGACGGGGGGUGGUGGAUGUGCGAUGGGAGUAGUGCGAUGGGACAGGGUUCCCUAGCGAUUCUGAAAGCGCCGCAGUGGGGAGACCAUGUUUUUGACGGAACAGUACCAUGGAGGCGGUGGGACGCGGAUGGGCGUCCUUUAUGAAUGGGCGACAGAGCGGCCCGCAAGGGUCAAGGUGACAAUGUACUUGGGACCCCCACCCCCAUUCAAGGCAGGGCGGAAAGGCACACGAUCGAAGGACUGCAGGACAAGCCCGAUUCUGGGUGACAUAAGUGACAAGUGCAGAUGAGUGCGAGUCAAUUAUGUUUGGUA